CUGUGUUGUACACCCUGUAAAGCCUCCGUCAUUUCCUACGCGCCGGGCAUUUUAGUAUCUGCGUUCCCAUUUUAGCAUCUCAGUGGAGUUCUCCCACUGCUUCCAGACGAGCCCUGCUCAUUCAUGGUUUGACGACGUCUUCAAAUUCAUGGGAAGGCCUCGCUCAGCUAUUAGCAGCAAAAGGCCGGGUUCUAUAAUACUAUGGUGAUGAUGCUCUGUUUUCAACAGGAGUUCUUUGUCGUCGCGCCGAAUCUCCUUGGGCACGUAUGGAGAUGGGCCACCGGCGACUACCGCAUGUCCACCCUUGCAGUGGGCCUCCAAUGGUACUUUGUCAAGGACACGUCCUAUGACGUGAUCAUAUGUCACUCUUUUGGAGGCACAGUGGCCUCUUGUCAUACUUGCCCGAAACGAAAGAAACUACUGUCUGCAUACUCCUAUAUUUCCCUCGAGCCUACAGACUUCCUGAGAAACAGUUGGAAUGACGACACAAUUUGCCAUACAUGAGACCGCGAAUGUCAGGACUGCUGAAGAGCAUAUGGCUGCUUGGUCACGAUGUGAUUGCAUAUUAAGCGCGCUGGGAAUGCCCAUGUGCGAUUGGCACUACUAUCGAAGGAAUCUUCUUGUUCAGCUUAAUAAGAAGAUACACUGGUGGAUAUGUCAGUUCCACUGUGGAAAGACUCGUUGGUAUCCUUUUUUCCAGCUAGGGACUUCCCCUUCAUUAUAUAUGCCGAGAGACUCGGGCGAAGAAU